AUGGACGUGGAGAUGGAGAGAGUGGUCACGGCUGACGGUGAGGAUGAUCUUGGCCGAAAAAAGCCUCCGGAAGGAGGGCCAACACACCAACGCAUGUCCUUCAAGGAAAAACUAAUGGGAACCAAGGAGAAACAACCUGCGAAAGAGAGAGUUGACUUGUUUGAGGCCGGAAAGAUGACUGUGGAAUACGUUGAUGAUAACCCGAUGCUACCACGUAUUAGGGUUGACAGGUCUGUCAUCGAGGGGAUGUGUGCGCCAUGGAAAGAAGCAUUGGUGAUUUGCCUGCUAGGUAAACGCCUGGGCUACCGAACGAUGAAGGCAAAGUUAGACAGCACAUGGAAACCAACGGCUGGUUUUGAGUUAAUGGAUGUGGAUAAUGGGUUUUAUCUAGUAACCUUUGACAAGGACGAGGACAAGAACAAGGUGAUCGGCGGCGGCCCAUGGAUGAUCUUUGAUCAUUAUCUGGCAGUAUCCACUUGGAGCCCGGAAUUUAUUUCUCCGGCAGCAAGAGUUCAGAGAACGCUGGCCUGGAUCCGAAUCCCGGGUCUGAAUGUCGCAUUUUAUGAUGAAAGCUUCCUUAUGUCCGUAGCCCGCGUGAUUGGGCGUCCCAUUAAGGUCGAUAUCAAUACGCUCUCGGGAGAUAGAGGAAGGUUUGCCCGCAUUUGCGUGGAGCUGGAUCUCACAAAGGCAGUUAUUGGUAGAAUAUGCAUCGAGGACUUUUGGUACAAAGUGGAGUAUGAGGGACUCCACAUCAUAUGCACCAAAUGUGGCUGA